AUGUCUGACAUAGAAGAAAAUAGAGUAGGGAGCAACUCUAACCCUAUCGUUCUGAGUGAUGAUGACUCCAGCCUUAUCGUUCUAAGCGAUGGUGACUCCACUCUUAUUGAUCUGAGCGGUGAUGAAAAAGUGAUGAAUUAUGAACCUGACAACAGUAAAAUUCGUAGUCUAGAGCACAUUUGUCGCGAAUUAAUGAAAACAAGUGCAUAUGGUAGUGAUGAUGAGGUGAUUCGUGAGUAUGAUCGUGUUGUGGGUCAAACAAAAAUGGAUAUCUACAAAGCCUUUCUGAGGGUUGAAUCUGAUUCUGAGCCUGAGAUUGAGUUUGAGUUUGAACCUGAGCCUGAGCCCAAACCUGAGUCCGAGCCUGAGCCCGAGCCUGAGCCAGAGCCUGAUAAUCACCAACUUCAAGGGCCACGAAGAUCCUCAAGGCCAAGAAAACAAGCUUAUUAUUUUGAUAUGGAUGAUGAUGAUGAACUUAAAUUCGAGUUAUUCUCCCUAGAAGGUUAUAGGGAAUCAAAGGACAAGUCUGAUGAUGUCUCCCUCUAG